UUUACAAGACAGAUGUUUGACCGGAGGACUUGUUGGAGGACAUGUUGAUUUGGUCACGAAUGAAACGAUAUUUGUCAAUUCGUCAGUGUAAUUGUUUAGACAGGAAUUAAACAAAAUUAGACAGUAAAAUCUGAAUAAUAUCGUGUUGUGUUACGUGUUAGCCGUAUAAUGUGUGAUUUUUAUUUACGGCGAUAAGUCGGACAAAAGGAAACGUUUACUAAUCAUCAGUGACAAUCUUACUUGAAAUCGCGGCACCACGUUACUUCGGCGUUUUUUGAGUUAACAAAUAACCGUGAAAAAUGCCCCGGGGACGGGACGAUAUGCAAGUAAACGUGGCGGGCCUAAGGAGAAAUAUUAAAAACCUCGCGCACAACUAUUCCGAUGCCCAGGUAAAAGUGCGCGAGGCAACAUCAAACGAUCCAUGGGGCCCCUCAAGCACGCUGAUGGCGGAGAUCGCCGAUCUCACCUACAACGUGAUGGCGUUCACGGAGAUCAUGCAGAUGAUAUGGAAGCGGCUGAACGACCAUGGCAAGAACUGGAGGCACGUCUACAAGGCGCUGGUGCUCAUGGAGUACCUCAUAAAGACUGGCAGCGAGAAGGUGGCGCUGCAGUGCAAGGAGAAUAUAUUUGCUAUACAUACGUUGAAGGAUUUUCAGUAUAUGGAGGAGUGGAAGGAUCAGGGUCUAAACGUGCGCGAGAAAGCGAAACAGCUAGUGAAUCUGCUGAAAGACGACGAGCGAUUGAAGAACGAGCGUGCACGAGCAUUGAAAGCGAAGCAGCGCUUCGCGCAGAGCGCGAGCGCCUUCGGCAGCGACGGCGCGCUGGACACGCCCUCCAGCCCGCAGUACCCGCCUGUUGAAAACUUGAACAGCGAAUCAGCAGAAUGGCACGGGCGCGACGCGGAGCUAGCGCGGCCCCUGACCGCCGGCGAAGAGGAAUUACAACUACAGUUGGCUUUGGCCAUGUCCAGGGAGGAAGCGGAGAAGGAGGAGCGACGGCGGCGCUCAGACGACGUGCGGUUACAGCUCGCCAUCAGCCAGUCGCAACAUGAUCUGCAGCCGCGCCUAUACCCCACGCUACAGAAUCUAGAUGUGCCAGAAUACUACUGGAUCUACAACUGCACGGAUUGCCAUCGCUCUGUACCGACACCAGGAGCGGAGAAGAAGCCGGAACCAGCCCAGCAAUCCCACUUACUGGACCUGCUGGACGUCAACCUCGGCUCGCCGUCCGCGGCCAAGGACCCGUGGGGCAUCUCCAACUCACAACAGAAACAGGACACGAUGCCGGACGCGUGGUCUGGCGUGGGCAGCCCGGCGCGCGACCCCUGGGCGCCCGCCGCGGCGCCCGCGCCCGCGCCCGCGCCGGCGGACCCCUGGGCGCCCGUGGCACAGGAGCUUACGACAACAUUGCAGAGCAAGUCGCCGCCGUCCGUGCUGUCGUCGCCGUCGUCGGAGCUGGAGCAGUUCGACGCACUGUCGCAGCGGCCCCGCGCCACCAACAACGGCAACCACCACGACGACCCGUUCGACCUCACCGCGCUAGGUGACAACCUAGCGCCGGCAGCGAGCGCGUCACCCAGUACGGGCGCCAUAAAGAAAAGUCCGUCGGCGUUCCUCGGCGAGAACUCGUCGCUCGUGAACCUGGAGAGACUACUGCAGCCGGCUAGCGCCGAGCCGCCUGCGCCCAACCCCUUCGCGCCCGAACCCGCGAGACAGAUGUUCCUGCCGCCCAUGCCGGCUAAGCUGUCCAUCAACGAGCUGAAGCAGCAACAGAUGGGCCUCAGCGGGAUGUCGUUCCCGACGGCGGCGGCGACGGCGGCGCCCGCCUUCCCCGGCUACCCGCCGCUCCCGGCUGCAGCGGCGAUGGACCCCUGGGCGGCGCCCGCGCCCGCGCCCGCGCCGGCGCCGCGCUCGCAGUCGCCGUGGUCGCCGCCCGCCCACAGGCACACGCCCAACCCCUUCCUCUCCUAGCCGCCCACAGGUCGGUAGCAAUGAACGCGCCCGCGCUAUGACCGCGCCUCGUGCGCCCCGCUACCUCGCCGAUGACGUGACGCCUGCGCGUGCGCGCCUGACCGCCUGACCGCCUGACCGCCUGACCGCGUCCGGCCACCGUCGAGAUACGCCGCAGCCGCAUGCAAACAUACGCCCACCUUAGGCCCGCACCACACGCAUGGAUGUUACCGGCUCCCGGUUUCGUUUCGGUAAUGGGUUAUUUAUUGUAAAAGAGAAAAUGACUAAGAAAAAAAUCGUGCCCCUAGUUUGACAGCUGAAGUAAAUCUGUACGGCGCCUUUGUAGUAGCUGGAUUGUAAACUUUUGUUAGCCAGUUUCCGCGUAAUCUAGGAUGUUAUUCCAUCUGUCCAAUAUCUUGGUCCGAUGUGUAUUUGCGUCUCACAUUUUGCCUAAUGAGAGUGAGACGCAAUGCACAUUGGACGAUGGAAUACCAUCCUUUACGCGUUAGCGCCGAACGGCUAUGUACAUCGGCUGUCAAACUGAAAGCACGAAUUAUUCUGAGCCUUUACAAUUCUUAUAUAAUCAUUAACUCUUUGGUUUUAGAAUCAUAACGCCUUCAGGUGUCUCGAUUUGAAAAUGCUAAGCAUUAUUUAAAAAGUGGGUAAUUCACCAGUUUGACUAAGCGAAGCUUGGUUAUUACUUAUUAUAGCGACUUUAAUAACAAGACUUCCGUGAGCCACAGACAUUAAAUAUUAUUAAAAACGGGUCACUCACGUCACGACCCGUUUUUAAUAUAUUUACUAUAGCGACUAUUACUAUUCAAGUAUUCAUUAUUCGUGAUACGUAAUGCAACACAAUCAUUAUCACAAAAUAGACAGCGUUUUUAACAAGAUUUUUCCGACAGUAAAUUUUUUAUAGAUCUUUUUAAUGUUGAAUAUAUCUCGGCGGGUUGUGACACGGAGCCAUGGUCUGUAGGCCGAUUUUAAGUUCUAAUUUCUUCAAUUAACUCUUGAACAAUUAUUAAAUAAAGUAACGACUCUGACACAUUGAACUAUACUCUGACCACGGGCUCUGGUGAUCGGCAUUAAUCAAAAUAAAUAAAUAAAUAAAAUCACAAAUGGUGCCGUUCUCAACUAAAAAGUACCACAUUAUCGGUUGUCGAUAAGGUUGAUUUUAAAUUGAAGCUUUCUGGAAAUAGCGCCUUAUUGACAACCGACAAUAUGUACCCUUUGGGUUGAAAACGGCACAAUAUAUCGUCAAUAGUAACAACACGCCAAAAUUGACUAAUGUUGACUAUAGUUAAAGUCAGCAUGAAAUGGAUAGUGUCAGCCAAAGUGGCCAAAUAUAUCGCAACAUCUCUUUAUUAUGCUAACAGAGGUGUGUUGCGAUAAAUUUCUGUACCACUACUUCAUUACUGCUAUUCCCUGUGUUAACUUUAAGUAGUGAAAAAAUGAUAUCUAAAUAAGUAAUAAUUUGAACAUAUGCAGUGUUCAGUUCACCAGAGUUAAUGCUCAGUAUACCUAGUAUUUCUUCGUCUAAUAAAUCUCUUGUCAUUAGCACUAUUUAAAUUAUGUAUAUCAAUUAUGUUUACUUCUUUUUGCGUAUGGUGAGUGGGAAACAUGUCAAUACAGCCAGUGGGGUGGUGUAGGAUAAUCAAUGGAGAUUGAGGAAAAACUACCAUAAUACAUUCUAUAUUUACUGCAAAUUAUAUCUUAUUCUAGGUGGAUGUCAGAAAUUUUGUAAAUAAAAUUGCAAAUUAUGGUGUUUUUCGUUGAUUACUAUUUAAAGGUAAAUAAAUUACACAGUAUGAGGUAUACAUUAUGUAAAUGAAGUUUUUAUAUAGACUGGAUAAAGCUGUGACGUAGGGUUCUAACUGUACGACAAUUUUGGACGUAAAAAAUAAUAAAGAAAAAAAUAUCGAAUAAAAACAAACAAAAAGUUGUGUCGAAGCUUAUUUCAAAUUGAUUAAAAUUAUGAAUCAUCAACAAAGCAAGGUGAUUCUUACUGGUGGCGAGAAUAAUGGCUGUUGAAUCAUUUUGAAAUGAACUUUAAACCUAACAUAGAUUGUAGUUCUAAAAUUAAAUUCAACUUUUGUAAUUUUUAAAUUGGUAUUUGAAAAUAAUUGGUUAGAACAGGCUCGAGGUCGCUUCCGUGUUUACUUCAGUCCUUUAGCCUGGCCCUUAGGCCUUCCUCACAUUAGGCUAUAAAGAACUAAGAUAGCCUUAUGUUUUUACUUAUUAGACAUCCUUUAAACAUUUUCUCGUGAUACCAUAGUGGUAGUCACCUGCAAUAAUAUGUUACACAACGAAGGCCGCAAAAAUAUCUGACACGAUCUUAUUUGUAGAGCCAUAAGAGCGUGUCACAUGUUUUUGCGACCUUUCAAGAGUAACAUCUUAUUGCAGGUGACUGUGACCCUACAAAAAACUUGAAAAAAGAUGUAAAAUAACGAUUUGUCAUUGAUUGGCUUAUUGUGAGGACGGCGUUUUUAAAUCGAUUGUAAAAUUAACUUAAGGUUCUAUAGGGCUAUUGCAGUACAUAGCAGUUUGAGAACCUCUAUCAUACAUGCAUUUGUAUUAAUAGUACCAUUCUUUUACCCUUGGGUAUAAGUAAGGGCUGCAUUUUUAAUAUAUAUUUUAUAAAGAGCAUUGGAAAAAAAUGCGAGACUGUUAAGAGGCCGUUGAUAAUUAUGAUAUUUGCCAAUUAAUUUUACAAGGAUAUAGAUUAGCCGAUAUAAAUUACCUUCUCAGUAGGUAUUAGAUGGCAGCAGUUUACCGACUAUCGUAUUGCUCAAAUUUAAUCAAAAGUUUUUGUUAAUUAAUUAUAACAAUUAAUCAGUUAAUAUGUUAUGAGUUACUAAUUGCAUUUUUCGUAAUUAAUUUGUAUUAUUUUACAUGAGGAUUAAUACUUUGAGAACUUUGAUUAACAAAUUAUUCAAAACGAAGACAGAUAAAUGAUCAAAUAUUUGUCAUAAACAGAUUCAUAAAGCCUCUCGAACUCCUGCUUGUGAAAUAAUUUGGUUUAUUUCAUUAUUUAGCUCUUGUGUUUCCAUAACAUUUAAUAUUUCCGUAUUAUAUUAACCCAUUUAACACAUUAAUUCUUUUACACAUUUGCCUACGUACAGUCAGCAAUACUGUUAGCUUAGCACCUUACCUUUACCUUUUCUCUGCAGCUGACUAUACCAUUGAAUCAAUUCGUUAUUAAGCUGCUACGUACUGCAGUGGCCCAGAGAACACGUCCACGCAGGCGUACGAUGUAAGGUCCCAUGUUGUUUGACGUGCCUUAGACUCCAUAACAAUUGUAUCGUAUAGGACAUUUCUUGAUUUUUUGCAACUACAAUAAAAAAAUAAACUGCCUGGUGGCUCGCGGUUGCUAUGUACCCGUGUACUAUUAAUAAACAAUACUUUAAAUACCCCUUAUUCUACGGAUUAUUUUCCUAUUAUAAAGUAAUCAUAAUGUCCUAUUUUUAGGACAUACGGGGUUGUGUAAAGUUUUAUUAGCAGUCGAGAAAAGCAAGAAAUUGUCAGCGAAACAUGUCAAUAUUAAAUUUAAAGUUAAGUUAGAACAGUGACAUCUCAAAUCCUGUGGACUUGCCCGAGGUAUUCCUAUAGCUAUCGAAAAAUACGGACAUUAUCACAAAAGCAUGUUUAUAGUACGAUUUGCUAGUACUACGAGGUUAGUCCCAAAAUACUAAGCUCUGGAAGCUAGGGUAAGUGAGUGUUUUAUUGAUUAAUAGGUAACCAAUGUCAGUUUUGUUUUAAAAAAGAGUUUCACUUUUCAUGAAACAAAUUGUUUCGUCUGUGUUUUCUGUAGAUAUUUAAUAAAAUUAAUACUACCUACUUAUUCCCUUGCGUAAAUUGCCCUAGCGUCUAGAUGGCAAGAAAGGCAAUUCCACAGGAAUAAGCUUCUACGUCCAGUUCAAGGAUCUUGUAUUGUAUGAUACGGCAUUCUCUACCGUUUAAACAUUGGCAGAGGCUAAUCCAUCAUUCAGAAUGAAGAUUAUAAGAACCUAAAAUAUUUGGAGCACCGUAUCCAACAAUAUAUAUACGCAAGAUACUUAGCUAGGUUAACCCUCCUUGUUGAGUUGCGUUGCGUACAAAUUAUUCCAAUUUAUAAUGUGUAUUUAAUUAUUUUACCACCCUAAUAUAUUAGUAUUGAUCGUGUGAAUUGUAUACAGUUUGUACGACUGUGUUGCCAGUAGAGUAUCAUCGCAUCCGCAUUUUUAUAAUAUAUCAACUCAACACCAGUAAGCAAUAUUUUUACACGACUUUUGACACGCUUGACUCGGCCUCGCUUACGCUGGCAACACGGACUUUUUUCGCCUUAUUAACUUUAGAACAGGUUCAAAUGGUUAUUGAUUUAUGAUUAUGUUUACCGAUUAUGUAGAUAAAUUAUUUUUUAAUAUAUUAAUUUUUGACCAAUAAAAUGCAUCGAUGCGUCACUAGCCUAGGGAGAAACUGUAAAGAUUAAUGUAACUAUUUAAUUAAAAUAUAUAAGUUUUUCAA